GCAAGGAUGCGGCUGCUGGCGGCGGCGCUGGCCCUGGCCCUGCUCCUCAGCAACUUGGUGCCGGGGGACGGUCUGUCGCUGGAGAGCCUGCUGACCAACAUGAGGUGCAAGUGCAUCAAAUCGACCGCCCAGGUCAUCAACUUGGGGCUGAUCCUUGCCAUCGACGUUACGCCGCCGGGUAUUCACUGCAGGAGGAAGGAGAUCGUCCUCACCCUGAAGAAAAACAAGAAGGUGUGCGUGGCUCCCGAAGCACCCUGGAUCCAGCUGCUCAUCCACAAGCUGACCCAGAGGAACUUCACCAAAAAAGAAGGGGCGGCGCGGCCGCGGCGGGCAGCAGAGCGAUGGUGCCGGCCCCCUCGCAGACCCCCCGCUCCAUCUCUCCCUCUGUCCCCGUACCACAAUAAAUAACCCGCCGUGGUUAUUUAUUUCUCCGCGGGGACAGCAGCGAUAUAACCCCUCCAUGCCGAGAUACGCCGGGUUUCACGGCACGACACCGGCGCUUGCUCUGCUCCUGGGGUUUUGGCGGGGGGCAGGAGCCUUUCCCCGCUCCCCCCCCC